CACUAGCUUAUGCCAAGGAAGGUCCUCGGACAUCUCGAAUUCAUGUUGAAGAGCUUCAAUCUCAGAAUGGCUUCCACACCCAGUAAUCUGACUUUUGGUACCCUCACAUCUGUUCCGGACAUACAAUGGCUACCCCCUUGGUUAUACGCAAUUUGACCAAGACUCCGCUCGAAUUGAAAGUUCUCGAACGCUUCGACGCCGCUCCCUCUACCGACAAUGGCAAUGGCGGCAUAUCGAAUAUCACUAGGACCCUGAGUGGUCUUAUGGGCAACUUCACUAGUCCUUCCUCUUCACAGAUUGCUGCAAAGUCUGAAAGUUUCACCAAUCAAGAUGUCUCUAUCCCGAUUGGCCCAUUCGAAACCAAGACAACAGAUAUUCAACCAGACCCCAGGGGCGUCUUGCGACUGACAUUCGAGGCAGAAGGACAACGGUAUAGAGUAGAUACCCCAACUCCGUCGCAGCGCUCUACUACUCUCACACCGCUGUCACCUGAUCCUCGCUUGGAGUUCACAGCAGUUCAUUUACCAACUUCCUCCCAUCUGGCACUCUACUCCUCUGCCAAGUUAGAAUCGUGGAUGGGUCAGCUUCAGAACGAAACGCCUUUAUCUGCUCUCAGCAUACCGGGGACACAUAAUUCACCAACACACCAUACUGCUCUACCGUCAGUCCGCUGUCAGGCAGUAAGCGUCAAGGAACAGCUGAAUAAUGGUGUCCGGUUUCUUGAUAUCCGAGUCCAGCCUGAAAGCCCAGACAAUAUCUCGAAAGACGGACUUAUACUUGUACAUAGCGCCUUCCCAAUCUCUUUGACUGGCAACAAAUACUUCCGGGAUAUUCUCAACACUGUACAUUCCUUCUUGGAUGCGAACCCUAGCGAGACGGUUAUUAUUUCUCUGAAGCGUGAAGGAAUAGGAAAAGCCACAGAUCAACACCUCAGCAAGAUUCUACACCAGCAUUAUGUGACCGAUGCAAAUCGAUGGUUCACAGACAACCGCAUCCCAGCUCUUGGAGAAGCUCGAAAUAAGAUAGUCUUGAUCAGACGAUUUGCCAUUGAUGACUCCCUGAAAGGCGAAAAUGGCGGCAAAGGCUGGGCCAUCGAUGCCGAAAGCUGGCCAGACAACUGUGCGGACGGAAUUUGUUCAAGUGGCGAGAUUCGGGUUCAGGACUUUUACGAAGUCGCCGAAAGUGAAAAUAUCGAGAAGAAGAUCACAUUCUCAAGGGACCAACUUGCCAGAGCUGCUGAAGCAAAAUGUGUUAUCCCGGACGACAUGAAUGCUGCAGUGGCGGAAUCCUCCAAGCAGCCCUUUUUCAUGAACUUCUUGAGCGCUUCGAACUUCUGGAGAGCGAAUUGCUGGCCGGAUAGGAUUGCAGCAAAAGUAAACCCUUCUAUUGUUGACCACCUUUGCCGGAAGCAUCAUGAACCAGCAGGACCAGGGGAUGGCAGUUGCGGAAUUGUUGUUUGUGACUGGGUCGGCUCUGGUGGAGAUUGGGAUUUGGUGAGGUGCAUCGUAGGGAUGAAUGCCAAGCUUCAAUCGAAGUGAAACUUCCUUUGGAGAAGCUAGAUUUCAUGGGCAGCCAAGUUCCUAUUAUCAUAUAGAUAUACAUAUAGAAUACAAUGUCGGUAUACAUCACG